AUGUCGAAAGGAGUGCUACAUUGGAUAGAACUAUGGCUGAGAGAUAGUUUGAAGACUAUAAACGCGUUGCGAAGCAGAGCGGGCUUCUCCCUAAGGAUAUUCACAAAUUUAAUGAAACAGGCUUCCAAAUUAGGAUGCUUGAAUUUUACAAAGGAUGAACUCCUCUAUACAAUCGGCGAAAUUCGGGCUAAAACCUUUCGUCCCCAUAUGGUAAAGCUUAGCUUUGAAUUAAUUACAGAGGAUUUGACGUCAUAUAACCUAUGCUGGUACACCGCUUCGAUCUAA